AUCAGGAUAGCAUAUGUCACUCUCUUUUGUAGGGUACAAAUCACCGCCACAUUCAUUGGGAAGAUACCUUAAGAUGUUUUAACCAUGGUAAGCAAUAUGUUUCGCUUGCAUCGGAGAUCUGAGUUUGGUUUUCUAGUAAUCUCUCAUACCAAUGAUGCUAAGGUCACUGAUGAGGCUAGUGACACCCCUGCUGGCACAGCCAACGAUUUCCGUUACAACGUUGCUUUACUACAGCAAUCUUCUGCCACGGAAUCUUAACUUGGAAAGGCUGGUUCGCAGCGAGUUGCUGCAUCAGGAGAAUUGUUUGUUCCAUUUCCUCGUCAACAUUUUAAGAUGUUUUUGGUAGCAUCAUUUUUUCCUUGUAAUUUCAUGUUUACUUAACACCUGACAGUGUGUUAUUAGUAAAUUUUUUUUUUAACC